GUCUACACUCAGUUUGUAGCUGACUUUGAUCAGCUUACGCCUGACCGUGUUCGGUGGACUCCCUACACUCAGCACGAUGUCAAUGAUCGUGCACCGCACGGUCUCGCGGAUCUUUGCACGCGAGAUAUGCAACUCUGGAUGACGACUUGUCACCUCGUGGUGGACGUGCACGUCGAGCCACACAAUGUCCACAGGGUUCUCAAACAGUUGGGCAUGUAUCAGGAUUUCCCUCCGAGAGAUGGUCGUCCUUUGGCUGAUAGUCUUCAUAGGUACUCCAGAAAGGGGCUCGGGCUUUCCUACGAGCUAGUUAUUGUGACCACGGUUCAGCCGACGGUACAAGAGUGGGAGCACGCAGCUGAUAACUUGGCACUUCAGACACCUCCAGACGAUGGGAGUUAUUAUGGAGCUUACCUUCGUUGGUACCGCAGUGUUACACGAUGGAGGUGUUUUCCUCCACAAGGAGAUAGCACCGUCCCCCACCAGGCAGCGAUUACUGACACGUUUGCCCCUCAGCCUAGAUCAGCUUACAACUCAAUGGCGGAAUUUGUUGAGCACGUUCACGUGGAGUCCGACACCAUGCUGCAAAGACUAGAGGCGAGACCUCCAGUCGUCAGGCCUGACGACGUGGCGAGCAUCCUUCGCAACUUCCGUGCACGUGCUGCCGCACUACUACGUCGUGUCUCCUGUCGGAGCGCGUGUCACGCCCAGAAAUUCUCAAACCAGAAUUUCUAAGCUGAAUGUGCAUUAAA